CUUAUAAUUCAUUUUUCUUUGCUACCAUGAAGCCAUUCACUAUGUCUCAAAUUUCUCUGGAUAGAUUGCUCCUAUUAGCACUCUUUCAUACCUCUUUCACUGUGGCCAAUGGGGCUUUUAUUGUGCACAACUAUAGUCAAGCUAGUGCAUCAUGUGUGAAUUACACUAUCCCGGUCUAUCCUACAUCCACGAAUGUAAUCUUCAGCAACGCCUCAAAAUGGACAAACAACUUUGGUCUCGCUCAAUUCAGCGCCGAUCGUGCUGGCCGGGAUCCAAACCAACAACCCCCAGUGCCAUUCCUUGCGACAUCUGAACGAUCCAAUGCCUCAUACACUAUCGGAGCAACAUUCUGUCAACCCAAAUUCGAUGGAACUCAAAACUCAAGUACUGUUAUUUUGGCCAGUCACGGGUUAGGAUUCGAUCGCUCGUGAGUUGAGGACAAUUCGAGUUUUAUCAAAGCUAAUGAAUGCUCUAGGUACUGGAACAUCCCAUAUCAACCAGAAAAAUACAGCUUCUUAGAUUUUGUGAUAGGACAAGGCUAUUCUGUAUUAUUUUACGACCGGCUUGGUGUUGGACAGUCAUCCAAAGUCUCUGGCUACAUCAACCAGCUCUCUAUCCAGGAGUCAAUCUUGGCUCAGCUUGCGGCUUUAGUCAAAUCAGGAAAAUAUACUGGUACACUUGGAGUUCCCAAAUCUACUGUCCUCAUCGGACACUCUUUCGGUUCUAUCAUAACUCAUGCUGUUGCGAAAGCAAAGCCUGGAGCAGCCGAUGCCAUUAUUCUAACAGGCUACUCAAAUAACGCUACUCUCGUCAAGACACCUAUACUGAUAUCAGCUUGGCAACUCAAAAUCGCUAAUCUAUUCCGUGAAGCGUGGUCGCGAUUGGAUACCGGUUAUGUGACAUGGGUCGACCUCUAUUCAAACGUCAAUACGUAAGUUGUGCUUACCCUCCAAUGAUCGAAUGAUCGAAUGAUCUAAGAUUAUCUUUAGUUUUUUCAAAGCCCCAGGUUAUACUUCUGACGCAGCCAUGUUUUCUGAGCAGCAUAAGCAACCGUUUGGUAUAACCGAACUUCUUUCUGGGGAUUCUCCUGGUCGCACAAACUUCACCGGCCCGGUGCUGGUGGUAGCUGGAUCGAAUGAUUUCAUAUUUUGCAAUGGGUUUGUCAAUCUUUCUAUUCAAUAAUCAUAUGCCGCUGACAAAUGGUUUGCAGGUAUUGCGAAGGGGUAUUGGAACCAGCCGCGAAACUUGACUUCCCCAGUUCCUCAUCAUUGAAGACUUAUGUGCAACCUGAUACGGGGCAUGGAAUGAACUUCCAUACCAAUGCUACUGGUUUCUACAAAGUUGUCACCGAUUUCCUUGCUAGCAAUGGGCUGUAAGAUAGCGAACUAGACGAAUGGAAGUAGAGAGACGGAAAACUGGAGAGACGAAUAAUUCACAACACUUUCUUUGAGUUUGUUUUCUUAUAGAUUGCAAUUUACCCUCGGCAGCCCGUUAUCCGACCUGGCAGAUACUAGUACUCACUCCGGCCCAAAAAGUCUCAGAAAAUUAAACCCCCCGCAAUAAGGUUGUAAAGCCGUCGGGAGGUUGUAUUUCCUUGCAAACCUCACCAGUAGCUCAUUCUAUCUGGAAUGAUUCAAAGCUGCUAUUCUUUAUGCUUCUGAGAAUAUCUAGUAUAGUUAUCAAUUGAAACGUAGUUGGCUGUGGUGUGGAGAUGGGUACGUUGGUCAAGGGCAUGGCAGGUGGGGAAUUAUUUCGAAUGGGCUCUGUAAUUUGGUCUCUAAGUUGGUGAGAAUGAGGAGAGAGAAACUUCACUACCUAGGUAUCUGUGAUAGUCCACUUAAACAUACAUUCAUUUUAAUUGGAGAUCAACCCUCCAGUGAUUCUUCU